ACAUCUUAGAUCAAAGGGAUUUGUUGCACUGAAGAUUUGAAAAGUUGUGGCCCUAUUGGUAGAGUGGAGGCACUGUGGCAAACACGAUGAGCCUCCUAGCGCCACCUGAUAUAGCUUUAGAUAACAAGCUGGUGAUGAGGCGCACGUGUAGAGCCUGCUUAACUUUCAGUAUUGAGGUUGUAAUUUGAAAAAUCAGUGGAUAAGACUUCUAAAAUGUCUCGGCUUAUCGUGAAGAAUCUCCCAAAAGGUGUAUCGGAAGCAAAGUUGAAGGAGCUGUUCAGUGAAAAAGGUGUUGUGACUGAUGUUCAGCUAAAAUAUACAAAGGAAGGAAAGUUUCGUCACUUUGGUUUCAUAGGGCUCAAAACAGAGGAACAAGCUGAAGCUGCGAUAGAAUACUUUAAUAAUAGUUUCAUAGAUACUUCCAGAAUCACUGUUUCACUUUGCGCUGAACUAGGUGAUACUUCAAAGCCAAAAUCUUGGAGCAAAUAUGCUCCGGACAGCAAUGCAUAUAAAAAAGUACAGGCCCAAGCAGACCGAAUUCCAGAAACUACGACAAAGACGAAGAACAAUGUCCAAGGGAGAAAUAAUUCUGAAAAACAAAUGAAACAAGAAAAAAGCAACACAAUUACAGAAGUUUUGGAAAAGCACAAGGAUGAUGCUUUAUUCACGGAAUUCUUAGAAACUCAUGCAAUUGCUGGGACAAAUGCUAUUUGGAGCAAUGACACAACCACCGAUAGAAUACCUAAAGGUAAUAACAGCAAUGAGGCUGAUGAAAAAGAAACGAGAGAAGAGGAUGAGGCUGUCUUAAGAAAUGAGAGCGAGAAGAUAGAGAAUGAAGAGGAACGAGUUGCCGAUAUGAAGAUAUCAGAUCUUGAGUACAUGCAAAUUUUGAAGACUAAAACACAAAGUUCGAAUUCAAUGGAGAAAGGUAGCGAGAUAAAAAUAAAAGAAAAUAACCAUGGGCCCUUGAAAUUACUCACGGUAAAAGUGCGGGGCCUUGGGUACAAUCACAAGAAGAAGCAUAUAAAGCAAUUCUUUCAUCCGCUAGUGCCAAAAUCGAUACGAGUACCCCCUAAAAUCAAAGGAAUUGCCUACGUGGGUUUUAAGACCGAGAAACAAUUAAAACAAGCUUUAAAUAAAAAUAAGAGUUUUUUGGAUGGAAAGCGCUUAUUAGUAUCGAGUUACGAGGCAAAGGAAGUGGCAGAGAAAUCAAAUGUAGCUUCUAAUAAGCUGGGUAAUGCAAGAUGGAAGGAGCAAGAGGAAGCUCUGCAGAGCGAGGAAAGUAUAGCAGAGUCGGGAAGGAUGUUUGUCAGGAAUUUAGCUUAUACCACAACAGAAGCAGAUAUUCAAGCUUUGUUUGAAAAGUUCGGGCCCCUGUCCGAAGUAAACCUACCCAUUGAUAAAACCACUCGGAAACCAAAGGGCUUUGGUGUUGUUAUGUUUAUGAUGCCAGAGCAUGCGGUAAAAGCUUACGUAGAGCUAGACGGGACUGUUCUCAAUGGAAGAAUGCUGCAUAUACUUCCAGGCAAAGGAAAAGUGACUUCAGACCAGCUACUUGAGAAUGAUAGUUUGGAUUUUAAGAAAAAGAAAGAGGCGCAGAAAAAGGCUACCGCAGGGUGUUCACUUAAUUGGAACACACUUUUUCUUGGGCAAAAUGCAGUCGUAGAAGCUAUUGCAGCGACGUAUAACACUACAAAAGAAAAGGUUUUGGAUGAUAGUGGUAAAGGUUCCAGUGUCGCUGUCAGACUUGCAUUGGGUGAGACUCAGCUUGUUGAAGACACCAAAAAAUUCUUGGAGGAUAAUGGAGUUCAUUUAGACGCAUUUAAUCAGCUACCCGAGAAUAGGUCUAAAACUGUUAUCCUUGUAAAAAAUUUACCUCCACGAACGGACGUUGAGAAAAUCAGAGAGAUGUUUGCUCAGCAUGGAGAGCUGGGAAGAGUAAUUAUGCCACCUUCUGGUAUUACAGCUCUCGUCGAAUUUCUGGAACCCUCCGAAGCACGUGUGGCAUUCAUGAAAUUAGCGUACACGAAAUUUGAGCAUCUGCCUUUAUACCUGGAAUGGGCUCCUGAUAAUAGCUUCAAGGUCGCCCCAAAGAAUUCGAAACUUCGGAGCUUAAUGUCCCACAAGGUGGAAUCAAGCUUACCAAAUUCAGGCAAUGUGGAUGAGUUGAAGGCAAAGGAUGAGAAAUCAUCCCAACAGGGAGCGGAAUCGAGCAGUGAAGAUGACGAGACACCUGAGCCAGAUACUACACUGUUCGUAAAGAAUCUUAACUUCACAACCACAGAACAAAUGCUGAAAGAGCAUUUUCGAAAAUGUGGCCGCCUGGAUUACGUCAAUAUCGCAAUGAAAAAGGACCCAAAUAGUCCGGGUAGUAAAUUAUCGAUGGGCUAUGGAUUUAUCAGAUAUAAACUGAAAGCUGAUGCUGAACGGGCGUUGAAGGAUCUUCAGACGACGGUCGUCGAUGGAAAAACUCUCGAACUGAAACGUUCGGAAAGAGCAUUACACUCCGACGCUACUACUGCAAGAAAAACUGCUGAGAUUGGCAAACAAACCGGUACCAAAAUCUUGGUCAGAAAUAUACCAUUUCAAGCAAACGUCAGCGAGGUUCAAGAACUAUUCAAAGCAUUCGGUGAGAUUAAAGCAUUACGUUUACCCAAAAAAAUGGCGAGUUCCGAUUCUCACAGAGGAUUUGCAUUUGUGGAUUACUAUACAAAGAGUAAUGCAAAGAAAGCUUUCAAUGCAUUGUGUCAGAGCACUCAUCUGUAUGGUCGCCGAUUAGUUCUUGAGUGGGCGCAAAGCGAGGAAGGUGUCGAUGAUAUUAGGAAACGGACUGCAAAACAUUUUCACCAAGAUGGGCCAGUUUCUCGAAGUAAAAAAAGUGUCUUGGACCCCGAAGCAGUUGGCUUGGCUGUGGAAUGAUGGUACGUCAAUUUCUGCAGCAUAUUACUUCGACUCUAGGAAACUUAUGAGCUGUCAGAAUUUCAGAAAUUAAGUCCAGGAUAACCCUGUGGUUCUAUGGAUGAAUCGAUGUGAAAAUUAUUUGAAUAGUCAAUAACUGCACUUCAGCUAUAAAAUAAAGGCGCGCCAUUUACGAGUAUA